CGAGGAUGACAGAUCUGGGCUUGAAGUGGAGCUGCGAGUACUGCACCUACGAGAACUGGCCGUCUGCUAUCAAAUGCACCAUGUGUCGGGCACAAAGGCACAACGCACCCAUCAUCACAGAGGAACCCUUCAAGAGCAGCUCCAGCCUGGACCCGUCGCUCUGCACCACACAGGGGGGCUCCACCCUGCUCAUCUGCCCAGACUCCAGCGCUCGCCCUCGGGUAAGAAUUGCAGAUGAGCUGCCCGAAACCAGCAGCAAGUGGUCCUGCCACAUGUGCACAUACCUAAACUGGCCACGUGCUAUCCGCUGCACACAGUGUCUAAGUCAAAGGCAGCAGGGAUCCCAACAACACAGCCCACUCAGCCCAUCAGAAACCCCUCAAACAUCAGGAUCCAGACCCUCCCCGGUGACCUCUGACCCAUGUGAGGAAUAUAAUGACCGUAACCGGCUUAACAUGCAUGCCUACGAGAACUGGCCAAAGAGUCUCAGGUGUGUGGUGUGCGACCAUCCUAAACCCAGCGGCUCACCUGAGACGCUCCAGCAGGAUUCGGAGGCGGAAAGUGCAACGUCGCCCUCGAUAGUGAACGAGCAGGAGCGAGAGAAUGUAAGGACAGCGGGGGGCGGUGGUGGGGGGAGCAGGGGCAGGCUGAGGAAACUGUCUCCGCCCAUGUGUAAAGGGCAGGCGGAGGUGAAGAUUGAGCUGGCAUCGGGAGCGGUGGGCAGCGAUAAUGAGCAGGAGGCGGACUUUAAAAAGCUUAAACAGAUCCGGAAUAGGAUGAGGAGAAGCGACUGGCUCUUCCUGAACGCCUGUGCUGGUGUAGUCGAGGGGGAUCUGGCCGCCGUGGAGGCGUAUAAAUCAUCCGGCGGUGAUAUUGCACGUCAGCUCACCGCAGACGAGGUGCGGAUUCUAAAUCGUCCGUCUGCGUUUGAUGCUGGUUUCACGCUGGUGCAUCUGGCCAUCCGCUUCCAAAGACAGGACAUGCUGGCGGUGCUGCUCACAGAGGUGUCUCAGCAGACGGCAAAGUGUAUACCGGCUCUGGUGUGUCCUGAGUUAACAGAACAGAUCCGCCGAGAGGUGGCGGCAGCACUACACAGACGUAAAGGCGAAUUCCCCUGUUACUUCUUCACAGACCUCGUCACCUUUACAUUACCAGCAGAUAUUGAAGACCUUCCCCCAAACGUUCAAGAAAAGCUGUUCGAUGAGGUCCUGGAUCGAGAUGUACAAAAAGAGCUGGAAGAGGAGUCUCCCAUUAUUAACUGGUCUCUGGAGCUGGGCACGCGUCUGGACAGCCGGCUAUACGCUCUGUGGAACCGAACCGCCGGAGAUUGCCUUCUGGAUUCUGUGUUACAGGCCACGUGGGGAAUUUACGAUAAAGACUCUGUCCUGAGAAAAAGCCUCAACGAUAGUUUACAUGACUGCUCUCACUGGUUCUACACACGGUGGAAAGAGUGGGAGUCCUGGUAUUCUCAGAGCUUCGGUUUGCACUUCUCUCUGCGGGAGGAGCAGUGGCAGGAGGACUGGGCGUUUAUACUGUCAUUAGCUAGUCAGCCGGGUGCCAGUUUAGAGCAGACGCAUGUGUUUGUUUUGGCACACAUCCUUCGGAGGCCCAUCAUAGUGUAUGGUGUGAAAUAUUAUAAGAGCUUCAGAGGAGAGACGCUGGGAUACACACGCUUUCAGGGUGUUUACCUGCCGCUGUUGUGGGAGCAGAGUUUCUGCUGGAAGAGCCCUAUUGCUCUGGGUUACACACGAGGGCACUUUUCUGCAUUGGUUGCGAUGGAGAACGACGGCUACGAUAAUCGAGGUGCAGGCGCCAACUUGAACACAGACGACGACGUCACGGUCACUUUCCUGCCACUGGUUGACAGCGAGCGAAAGCUGCUGCACAUCCACUUUCUGUCUGCACAAGAGAUGGGGACGGAGGAGCAGCAGGAGCGCAUGUUGAGGCAGUGGAUGGACUGCUGUGUUACGGAGGGCGGAGUUUUGGUGGCCAUGCAGAAAAGCUCCAGAAGGCGGAACCACCCGCUCGUCACUCAAAUGGUGGAGAAAUGGCUGGACGGUUAUCGGCAACUUGCCGCUUGUCCCACUCUUUCAGAUGGAGAGGAGGAAGAAGAGGACGAAGACGAGUAAAAAUAAACAGUCGGUGACACUUGACACUACAAUACAGCCCUCUUGCGUUCGUUCCCCCGAAUACGGAAACACAAACACACACCUUUAGCCCCAACCAAAUGACAAACCUAAGGUUUCCUUUAUUAUUAUUAUUAUUUUUUGUUUGGUUUUUGUCCCUAAUACAGCAAAUAAUUUGGGUUUGUUGCAAAAUAAAGGAAUGCAAUCAUGA